GCCAACCCAAUACUUAUUGAUAUCUCGGUCCUACACUUUUUAGGUGGUCCUGGCUCUGGGAAAGGAACGCAAUGCGAAAAAAUUGUUGCAAAAUAUGGUUUGUCUCAUCUUUCAUCUGGAGACUUGCUGAGAGAUGAGGCUGGCAAGAAAGUGAUGACUCAGCGUCACGUCGGAUCAUUAGUGGCUGACAUCCAUCGCACACUUUUCUACGGAGGAAUAGUUCUCUAUCCACCCACGAAUGAUGCCCCGGACGGAGAGUUAAGUCUCCUGUAUGAAUGCGCUGCAAUGUCUUCUAUCAUCGAGCAAGCU